GAAGAAAGGAAGAAAGGCAACGUCCAGGACGUAAUCUGUUUAAAAACAAAGAAAGUGUGUGCUAUGUUAGACGGGGAGGACGGUGCCCAGCUGCAGUGCUGUGUGGCGGUGGAGCAGCUGAACGCCUCCGGUCAGGCCACCCGGAGGCAGGUCAUCCGUAAAGCUUCGGUUAUUCUGGGCCGGAAUGAGUUCCAGGAGAUUCUCCUCCGGGUCCACGACGGAAAAGUCCCGCAAACUUACCAUCUCAAAGACUUCAAGCUUUUUACAAAGUUCGCCAGAGAAGGGAAGUGCACCGUGAAACUGCUCCCUGAAAACAUCCAGGUGCUCAUCUCCAACUGCCCCCCUGACCGGCUGAACCUCUUCCUCAAAACCCUGAGCAUCAAACACCAGGCCCGGCUGAGCAGCAAGCCUAUGACCGAUCGAGAGAAGCUCAAAGCCGGCCUUCCCCGCAGCUUCGAGGCCAUCAGCCCCCUGCAGCAAAAGGAUAUACAGACGGUCAAUGAGCUGAGGAGCAAAGUGGCGCCCAAAGGGCUGGCAGACCGCACUAAUAGGACGACUGUAGCAGGAACAGGACAGCAGGUCAAAAGGUCGAGAAGUGACACUAACUUCAGCCCAGUGAAAGCCAACCCGAGCAAAAAGCCCAUCCUGUCUCUGGCAUCGCGUAAGCUGAAUAAAGACCAGGCCGCUGUUCUCACUGCUGUGCUGAGUGGCAAGAACGUCUUCUUCACUGGAAGUGCAGGCACAGGAAAGUCCUUCUUACUGAAGAGAAUCAUGGGAUCUCUUCCUCCAAAAAGCACAUUUGCCACAGCCAGCACAGGAGUGGCUGCAUGUCACAUCGGAGGAACGACACUACACAACUUUGCUGGUAUUGGCUCCGGCUCUGCCCCGCUGGAGCAGUGCAUCGAGCUGGCCCAGAGGCCCGGGGUGCUGCAGCACUGGACCAGCUGUCGACACCUCAUCAUCGACGAGGUCUCCAUGGUGGAGGCCCAGUUCUUUGAUAAGCUUGAGGCAGUGGCAAGGUCGGUGAGAAGGUCCACUGAGCCGUUCGGGGGCAUCCAGCUGAUCAUAUGUGGCGACUUCCUCCAGCUGCCUCCGGUUUCUAGGGGAAAGGAAAAGGCCAGCUUCUGCUUCCAGGCCAGGAGUUGGCGUAAGGUCAUCCGGGUCAACAUGGAGCUAAUGGAAGUGCGAAGGCAAACUGACCAGUCCUUCAUCUCUCUCCUGCAGGCAGUGAGGCUGGGCAGGGUGACGGAGGACGUCACCGCUAAGCUGAUGGACAGCGCCUACCAUCAUAUUGAGAGGGACGGCGUUCUAGCGACCAGGCUGUGCACGCACAAGGCCGAUGUGGAGCUCACAAACGAGAACAAACUCCAGCAGCUGCCAGGGUCUGUGCGCGUGUUUGAGGCACUGGACAGCGACCCAGCUCUGGUGAAGACCAUAGACGCUCACAGCCCCGUCAGCAGACUGAUCCAACUCAAAGUUGGAGCUCAGGUCAUGCUGACUAAGAACCUGGAUGUUGCUCGAGGUCUGGUGAACGGAGCGCGAGGGGUUGUGGUGGCUUUUGAAUCUGGAAAACAUGGACUCCCGCGUGUGCAUUUCCUGUGUGGUGCCACAGAGGUGCUGAAGCCCAAGCACUGGGUGUUCAAGUCUGGCGGUGGGAUCCACCUGAGUCGACAGCAGCUGCCACUCCAACUGGCCUGGGCCAUCUCCAUCCACAAGAGCCAGGGAAUGACACUCGACUGUGUGGAAAUCUCUCUAGCUCGGGUGUUUGAGAGCGGUCAGGCCUACGUGGCCUUGUCUCGGGCUCGGAGCCUGGAGGGUUUGCGGGUGAUGGACUUUGACCCCCGUGUGGUCAGGGCAGAUUCAGACGUUUUAGUCUUCUACAAGAAACUGAGGAAAGAGAGGCUGCUCAUGCAGGCCUCCAUGGAUGACUUUCUUGGCUACAGCAACAAAGAAAACUCUUGAGGUGGUGAAUUAAUCUACAUCUGCUGUGACAUUAUGCACUGUGUGUGUGAAUUAUCUGCAUGUUAUCAGCCUCUUGUUACUCUUGGGACAAUUUGAUUUUCUUAAAGGAAAGCAACCAGAGACAUCUACAGUCAGUCUACCUCAUGGUUUGUUUUUGCAGCACUUGAAGUCACACUGCCACCUUCUGGUCAUUUGCUUUUUUUUAUGCCUUUAUUUUUUAAUUUAUUAUCAUUUUUGGUAUUUAUUCCAAUAAAGUUUUAGCCAACAUGUAUCUGUGGAUCAUUAUUGUUAUAGAGCCUUCUGUAUGCCCGACCAUUACU